AUGGCGGGGAUGCAGGACCUCGUGGCGGACGCCCGGGAGAUCUUGUGUGACCAUGGGGUUGUCAACCUUGUGGAGAAGAAUAUACUGGACUCGGAGGAACUGGGGAUGGUCACGGAGUUGUUCAGCCCCACACGGCCGAUGCCACUCCAACCUAUGCUGCCCGGCUCCGCGGAGAAAUCGCCGAUCACGCCGCCAACCCACGGCGCCUCGGGCCUGGGGGCGCGGGUCCAAGUCACCAACGUUUCUACACCCUCCGCGGGCAAUCAGCCUUUGCGUGAAGUUGUCUCGCCCGGCCCAUCGAUGUCCCCAUCGGGGAGCGUCGGCCCGGAGCAGGGUGCGGCCAUCAGCCGGCCUGAAAUGGCGCCAAUGGACCAGACACUGAGCCGCCUGCAGGGCUACAGGAACACCCAUCCAGGGCAGCUAGCCCCUUUGCCAGCAGGCAACCACCGCCACAUAUCCAGGCCAUCGCACGGCGCCUGUGCACACACGCACGUCCAGAGCUCUCCGCCUGUUGCAGUGCAGCAGCAGGGCGAUGGGGGCGGACUCAGCCACAUGCCUGCAGCAGCAGGGCCCCAAGGCGCUUCCAUCAAGGGGGUGGCACCUCACCAAGGGCAGAGCGCCGCCAUCCUAUCGAGCCACAUGCAGGCAGCAGGCGUUUCUCUUGGUCAGACGUCCACUGCAAGCGCACAGUCAUACCUUCAGGCCGUGCAAUAUGGCGCUGGUGGAGAGGCAUACAGUGUGGGGACAAAUGGCCGUUUGCCAGAGGGCAUGGGUGGCGAGGUAGGCCAGAAGGCGCUAUCUGCUCCUGCAAUGGUCAGUGGGGAUGUGGGCCAGAAACAGCUGCAAACCCAGCUGCAAAGCAGCUUGCAGGCCCUUCAGAAUCAGGCUGAGGCACGACUAGCUCACCAGCAAUCCGACUAUCAGGCACUAUUAGCAACACAGCAGAAGCAACAGCAAGGUGGUGCCCAUGGUACUUACUCUGGACAGGGCCCAGAAGGGGCUCAAGGUCUCAUACUUGCUCAGCCCAGUGUGCUUCCAGGCCAGGGUUCGACUACUGCACAAUCGCGCACAGCUGGUGCCAGCAAUGGGAUGCACCAGACCAGCACUGGCGAUGCAUCAUAUUCAAGGGCAGCAGUUCCAGCUCACCAGCUUCAUUCGGCAUCGCACGAAGCAGGCAUAGCCCCAGGGGGCUCAAGUUCAGCACCAGAUAGGAAUGGGAAUGCUUCUCACAGCAAGCAGGAUGCUGCACUCAAUGCAGCACUCGAAACCUUACGGUACAGCCUGAAUGAAGAUGGCAACCUCUCAAGUGCAACCUUUGAAAAGAUUGUGCAAGAGCUUAGCGGUAUUGAGUCCCUCCAGUCCAUGCUGCUGUUCCGGCCGAACAAGAAGAAAGGGAAAGGGGGCCGGCAGCCAGCCAAGGACCCACGGCUGGACCCAAACAUGGAUCCUCGAAAAGCAAAGAGGAUUGUGGCCAACAGGUGA